AUGCUCUGGUCCAUCGUCUCGGGCCUCGCACUCGGUCGACGGUACAGGCGGCCGACAACCGCCGACCCCACCGCCGCCUCGAAGCUCAUGGCUGCCGCCGGCACCUACAGCCGCUUCGUGGACAAGUCGCGCAAGCACGAGAUCCAGCAGCUCGAGCGCAUCUACUGCCGCGGCGAGUUGCUCCACGAGGUGCAGAUGCAGGAGCUCUUCUUUGACAGCAAAACGUUUGUCGACAUGCCCAUCAAGAGCUCUUCGUCCGCGGACCAAGUGCUGGCCGAGUUCCACGACCUCAAGCUUCAAUACGGACAGGAGCCCCUGCUGCCGGAGGAACACGCUGAAGGCAAUCGCAGUGACUGGAAAACGCGUCUCGCAGGCUUUAUCGACCGGCACUUUGACCCGCCGGGCGCCGAGCUCGCGCCCAUUGUCCCGCCCGACUAUCAAGAAGGCGCUAUGCCGCUCGAGAUUGCAAAGAUCCGGAACGACAGUCUGCGGGGCUGGGCCAUGGAGCUCCACAAGCUCUGGACCGUGCUCGCCCGUGUCCCCGUGUCAGUGUCCGCGACGCCAAAGCCCCAGAGCUCGUUCCUCUACGCGCUGCCGAUUGCCCACGCGUCGAACGAGUCGGUGAAUGUCUUUGCCCGGCAGUUCAAUGGCGAGAACGUGCUCGUUGUGCCGGGCGGGCGCUUCCGCGAGAGUUACUACUGGGACACGUACUGGAUCGUGCAGGGACUGCUCAUUAGUGGGCUGCAUCAAACAGCCCGGGGCGUCGUGAACCACUUGCUGGAAUACGUGGCCGAGUUUGGCUUUGUCCCGAACGGCGGACGCAUUUACUACCUGACGCGAUCGCAGCCGCCAAUGCUCUCCGACAUGGUGAAACUCGUUGCAAAGCUCGACAGUAGCAGCAAUGCUUCGGACGAAGAUGCCGGCGCGUGGGAUCUGGACUACUUGCGUGCAGCACUGCCGUUGCUGGAGCGCGAGUACGACUUUUGGAUGCGUCGGGGUGCGCAUGGCCAUGCUGUCGAGAUUGCUGGAUCGACUGCCAACGAGACGUUUGUGCUGAACCGCUACGACGCGUCUGCGGGUGUCCCGCGCCCUGAAUCGUACCGGGAGGACGUCAGUACGGCGUCAGCUUCUGUCACGGAUCAUCAGAAUACUGGGGAUAGAGCUGACGUCUACAACGAGAUCAUUGCCGCGGCCGAAAGCGGUUGGGACUUUACUAGUCGCUGGUGCGGCGACUACUCGACGCUCAAGACCGCGCGCACUUCCCGAGUGAUUCCCGUCGAGCUGAAUUCGAUCAUGCACCGCUUCGAGCUCAAUCUGGCAUCGUUCCACGAGAUACUCGGAGACUCUGUCCGCUCAGCUCAAUUCGCGGAAGCAGCGAAAGCUCGAGUGAAAGCAAUGGACGCCGUGCUAUGGAGCGAAGCUGAGGGAUGCUGGAAGGACUACUUGCUGGACGCUCGCGAGCAUUCCAAAGCAGUGUCUGCGUCCGACUAUUCGCCGCUGUGGGGAGGCGCGUUUGAUGUCUCUGAUUCGUCUCGACUGGACAAGAUCGUGACGUCGCUGGAAUCGUCUGGGCUGCUGCAGGCAUGUGGCAUCCAGACGACGACGUUUACUACGGGCGAGCAAUGGGACGCGCCCAACGCCUGGCCACCGUUGCAAGACAUCAUCAUUGAAGGACUGCAGAUCGCAGGGACCGCACGAGCACAGGCACUGGCGAACCACCUCGUCAAGACGUGGGUGAUGGCUAGUUUCGUGGCAUGGCAGAACACGGGUCUGAUGUUUGAGAAGUACGACGCGCAGCAACUUGGUGGAGUCGGGGAUGGCGGCGAGUACACUCCGCAGUUUGGCUUUGGCUGGUCGAACGGCGCCAUGCUGACGUUCCUGACAAAGUACCAGGACCAACUGGACAACAGCGACGGCGUUCUGUGUGGCAACGGCUCGGGAUAG